AUGAAGUAUCUCCCAAUGGUCAGUUCUUCAUUUAAUUCUACUACGUAUAACCGGCUUUUGACGAGAUUUGGAAGCAAGCAAAGGUCAGUGUCUAGUAAGAACAGGAUACUACUAACAGGUGUGUACACAUCAAGGAAUCCAACCAAGCCAUUAGGAUGUGAAAAUGAGGAUUCUUGUUCUGUAGGAGCAAGCCACAUUUGUGUUGCGGAUGGAGUUGGUGGUUGGAUUUCUCAAGGAGUUAGUUCAGCCUUGUAUAGUAGACAGCUUGUAAAGUACAUAGAAAUGAGUAUUAAUGAUUACACUAAAGGUAAAAAAUGUGAAUUAGACAGAGAAAAGUUUAUGGAAAUGGUGAACAAGUCCUACGAAAAUAUGAAAUCUUCCAAGAUUAUUGGAAGUUCUACACUUUGUUUGACUUAUUUGGAUAACAAUAAGCUUCAUGUAUUUAACUUAGGAGAUUCAAAGUGUGUAAUAUAUAGAAAGGAUGAAAAGGAGGUUAUUUUUGAAUCAGAGAUUCAACAACAUAACUUUAACACACCUUUUCAGUUAGGGACAGGUAGCAUUGAUACUCCGUAUAAUGCGGAUUAUAUGAUAUUAGAGGGAAUUAAAUCUGGGGAUGCCAUAAUUGUAGCAACUGAUGGAUUAUGGGACAAUGUUUCAAUGGAUAAGGUUAUUCACAUAGUUGAUAGUAAUUUGCUGUAUGAACCACAGAAAAUUGCAGAAAAGCUUGGGAGGGAGGCUCUACAGCUAUCUUUGAGCUCCAAACACAUCUCUCCAUAUUCUAUGAAUUUAAAUAAUUAUUUAUUAAACCAGAGAUUUCAGUCAAAUAUUUCAUCCAACCGUAAUUUUAGUUUGGUAGCAGGAGGUAAGCCUGACGAUAUCACCGUAUUAAUAGGGGUAGUCCAAUAA